CAACCGCUAGCUGCCACGAAGUGACUUUCUUUCUCCUGCAAGAAAUUCCAUCGCUCCCUCUGGUGAGUUGGCAAAGCUCAUCAUCCACCACCUUCGUCCAUCCUCUCUCUAACAGCCAUACUCUUCAACCCUUCCGCAAGUUCACCUCGUCACCCCACACUCGAUCAACAGAAAACUGUGACUCGACUUGUCCUGCUCAAUAGGAUAAGGGGGCAAUUUCGUUCGCUUGCUUACCACUUUUGUUUAACGCAACAGAACCAUGGCCGACAAUACGAACCCAACCAGCAGCUGGUUCCGCCCUUUCGGCCGCUCCAACACCAGCAACACAAACCAGCAGCAGCAGCAAGAACAGCGACAAUCACCGCCACUGCAGACCCGCCAAACCUCCCAUCAUGUCCUGACACACAUCUCUACCUCGACCGAAUCUCCCACCAACGAGUCUCCGCCUAGGGGGCAUGGUCAUCACUCUCACCAUCACCAGAACCAGCAUCAUCAACACCAUCACCGGAAGUCCGCCGGCGCUACGCUCCGCACCGUGUCGAGCUUCCUCAAUCUUAAGAGCAGCACCAGUAAGAGUGGGGGCGGAACCGGUAAAAGCCAUGUCUGGCAACUCUCAAGAUCUGGGAACGGAGCAGCAACAGUGGCAACGUUGGAGGACGACCCGAGGAUACGCACCCCAGCGUCUCUGUCUAUGCUGCCGCUGACUGAGGUUGACUAUGGCUCCCCUUCAUCUUGCGUGGACGGGUGGUAUGGCACGGAGGUUGGAACGAGGAGCAGGAGCGGGAGCGGCAGGAGCGGGGGGAGGGAGAGCCGGGACGCUGAGGGGGGAGGUGAGAGAACAUGGCAUAACCCGAAUGUCAUGCAGAUGACCGAGAUGCUGAGCAGCGUGAUGACGAGGAUGGCACCCGGGGACAGGCUGGAUCCGACUUAUCACUCGUGCAUUUUCUCCCUUAUUGAAGGCUUUUAUAAGCUUACACGGAGACUGCAAGACGUCGAGGAACAGCUCGCUGAGAUAAAAGACUUGCGCGAAAGGGAGCUCGACCAGUUCCGCGGCAUGACCGAGGAGUGGAUGGAGACUAGCGAGGCCUACAAGGCAGAGGUCAAGCGUCUCGAGCUUGCACUGGCGAAGGAGAGCAAGGACGGCGUGGCCAGCGUUGCCUUGGCCCGCCAUGGGAGCCUCGUUGACCGCGUCGGAAGUAAGCGGUUCCACGCUAGGCUAGAGCGGUUGAACGGUUUGCACGAUCAAGACACCACCGGGGAGGAGCAUGCACCGCAUGCUGGAACACAACCGGUUGGUCUUGCCGAAGAAACAACGAGCUAUAGGACCCUGAGUACGUAUGAAUAUGUUCAAACUGUUGUGCUCGAAACUAAGUGGACUCGAGGCUCAAUCCCCAGAAUCCUCGAUUCCCAGAACGAUGUUACUCUGAGCCGUAUUCUGGAGCAACGCGAGCUCGAAGAGCGAAUGGCCCAUCAACGACGGGGAGAGGGCAGAGUUAGAGCCGCUCCAGUUCUUAUUCACCCGCGAGGUGCUCCCGAACCACGCGAUUUUCUCGGAGACACGCUGAGAGCUGGCCGGCAACCUCCCGUGGCCGUCGUAGAACGAGAUCCGCUCGCCGCGAAAGCACAGGAGAAUCCUACCGCUGACAGUACCGUCAGACCCGGGCCCGAAAGCCAUUCGUCCUCGUCAAUCGGCAAUGAAUCGUCGUCCUCGUCGUCAUCAACACCGUCGUCGGAUUCGCAAACCGAUGCACGAGAAGAGUUCGCCCACUCCUCGAUCAGUUCUGGUAAAUCGAAUGAUCUACCGAGAAAGCGUAGACAGAAGCAAUCGAUUUGCUCCGAGUCGAGUUAUCAAGCGUAUCACGGCAAUGGGGAAUUUCCGAGGGCGGGAGAGGGAACUGGUGAGUCUUCAGGUCAGCAGGGUCAGCAGGGUCAGCAAUCUUUGUUGGGUCCGCCGUUGAGAGAAAAGGGGCGGCGGCGGCGUUACUCGUUCGAGAUUGGGGACGAUGAGCUCUUAUCCAUAGCUCCUCGCUCUGGCAGUGAGGUUCGUCACCAUCCGCGAGUGCCAUCAGCCGGGGAGGAAACUUGCGUUGAGGGAAACCAGUCGCUGGGGAUCACUCCAGACUCCGGGGUCGCUCAAGUCAGCGCAGCCAAGCCAUCAUCGAACUGGAGUUCGGGUUCGAUCAGCCAUUCCACCUCCGCCGAUACCGUUCGAUGGGUCGGCGAAGACGGCUCACCUGAGAGCAGCAAUACUAGACAAGGGCAGACCAAGGCGAAGCCGUAAUCGUCUCGUGUCCGUCCUCGAACAUGGUCGACAAAGCUGGACAAGAUGCUCGAUGGUGGCUUCUAAAGGGCUACACGGGAGGAAGGCUAUCGGGCUCUGUGUGUCGGCUC